CCGCCAUUUGUGUUGUGGGUGUGAUAGUGUUGAAACCGACUGACGGAGCGCGUUGCUUGGAAGCGGCGGAUCACGACGAGCCGAACAAGAGCCCGCCGCAGCAGCAACCGAAUCCCCGCCGCCCAGAAAUGACGCCACCGAAGCCGGUGGUCUUGGCUUUGCCGGCGGCGCCGUUCCCAUCAGCAUCACCAUCAGCAGCCCGGCCUUCUUCUCCUUCAUCGGUCUCAGGCAGCGACUCUUCAAGCCCGAAGAAAGGGACGCCGGAUGACGGCGUCAACGAGGGUUCUUCAUCCUACGGAGGCGCCCUUCCUCCUCCUCCUCCUCCCCCACCUAGCGGCGUGGUGAUGCAGCUGCAGCACCAUGCUGCAGGGGCGUGCGACGGCCGGAAACGGCGCAAGAAGGUGAACGACAUCAGCGCGUUUGUGAGGCACCAAAUGAGUCUGCUGAGGCCCCAUCCCAUCGCGCCGGAGUACCAAAGAUUCCAUCAAGUCAGAGCUGAGGAACCUCCUCCUGCUGCUGGUGGAGAAGCGGUGGCCAUGGCUGAUUCAGAAGCGGCGGCGGCAGCGCCCAGAGCGAGAGUGUUGCCAGAUCUCAAUUUGCCCCCUCCUCCAGAAGAAGCAACAGAUCACUGAUUUCAUAACAUCCUCUACCAGUCCAUAUAUGCCAUGCAUUUUCUUAAGUUGAAAUUCUUUUUCUUCAUUUUAUGUUUCUUUUUUUACAAAAAUUAAACAGCGUCAUUUUGACCAUGGGCAAUGAGUUGAAUUGAAAUUCAUGGGUUUAUGAUGAGAUUAUAUAUUAGGUGACAAAUCCGGUACAUUUCUAAAAAAUGGGGUACUGUAACUAUCAUUCAUUUUAUUUG